AUGAGUUUCUUUAGAUCUAAAAAGAUGAAAUAUUAUAGUUUAGUAAUACCUAGAGAAAGUGCUUGGGUAGUGAUGAAUGAAUUAGCAAGAUUAGGAUAAUUACAUUUUGUAGAUUAUGAUCCAUAAUUACCAAUGAUCAACAGACCAUUUGCUAAUUAUGUAAAAAGGUACUAAUAAAAUGAAUUAAUAUAAGAUGUGAUGAUUCCAUUUUUAAAUUAAGUAGUCUAGAGUUACUCCUUAAGGAAUUCAAAAAAAAUCUUAAUUAUUGUGAAAAUGUCGAUACUUUAUUGGAUUACUUCUAAUACAUUUAAAAGAAUAGAAUGAAACCAGGACAUACUUAUUUUGAUGAAUUGGAACAAGAAAUUGAAUUAAAAAAAUUAUAAAUUCAAGAGCAAUCUACUAAUUUGCAAAAUCUCUUGGAAAGAGUAAAUAUCAUAACAGAAUAGUAAAUGGUUUUGGAAAAAGCUUAAGAUAUUCUAGGUUAAUCAGCAUUCUAAUAGUAUUGUUAUGAUUUUAAUAAAUAUAUAGAUAAAAACCACAUAAUCCAAAUGAUUAUUAAUAAUUAAAAUUUGGUUAAUUAAUAGGUGUGAUAGAUAAAGAAGAAGAAGUUAGAUUCAAAAGAAUUAUAUUUAGAGUUACCAAAGGAAAUGCUUGGGUUUAAAUUAUGGACUUAAACAAUGAAGAAGUACAUAAUUCAAUGAGGAAAUCUUUUCAUUUGAAUUAAGUUAAAAAUUAUUAUAUUAUAGGAUAAAACAUAGUAACCAAGAUGUUUAUAUGUAAUCGUAUAUCCUGGAAUGGAGGAGUAAAGUUCUUUAAAAAUGAAAUUGAUGAAAGUGUGCGAUUCCUUCAAUAGAUAGAGAAUUGAAUAUCCAAAUUCGUUAGAUUAGUUGUAGAGAAGGAUGGGAGAAUUAAAUUAAUAAUUAUAAGAAGCUAAAAAUUUAAUAGAAAUGACAAAGCACUAAUUGGAUUAAUCAUUAGAUGAAUUAGUUUAGUAGAAAUAGGGAUGCAAUUGCUCUUAUUUUGAAUAUUUACGAUUAUACAUAUUGAGGGAGAAAUAUCUUUAUGUAAAUUUAAAUUACUUAACAAUGAGAGGAUCAAUUUUUACAGGAUAUUUUUGGUUGCCAGAUGGAUUGGAAUAAAUAGUAGAGGAAAAAUUAAGAAAUGCAAUGAGAAAUAAUUUAGAUAAUUAUCCAACAGGUUAAAUUUAAGAAAUGAAACCUUAAUAUACUCCUCCAACUUAUUUCAAUUUAAAUGAAGUUACAAUGCCAUUCUAAGAGAUUGUUAAUACUUAUGGAAUACCACGGUAUUAAGAAGUAAAUCCUGGAUUAUUUACAAUAAUAACGUUUCCAUUUUUAUUUGGAGUAAUGUUUGCAGACAUAGGACAUGGAUUUAUGUUAUUUCUUUGUGGAAUUUAUAUAAUAUUGUGGAAAGGUUAUCUCUCAAAAUAAUAGGAUUCUAUAUUCAAUGUAAUGAUACCAUAUAGAUAUCUACUAAUAUUGAUGGGAUUCUUCGCAUUUUAUAAUGGAUUUAUUUAUAAUGACUAUCUAUCAAUAUCUUUGAAUCUUUUUGGUAGUUGUUAUUCACCUGAAAAAGAAGAAUGGAAAAGAGAAUAAAAAGAUUGCGUAUAUCCAUUUGGAAUUGAUCCAGUAUGGUAAGCUUCAAGUUCAAGUCUUAAUUUUAUGAAUUCGUAUAAGAUGAAAUUAUCAGUAAUUUUAGGAGUUAUUCAUAUGUUAUUUGGUAUACUAAUGAAAGGAGUAAAUAACUUAUAUUUUAAGAACUAUUUAGAUUUCUUCUGUGAAUUCAUUCCUUAAUUAUUAUUUAUGGUAUGUACUUUUGGAUGGAUGGAUUUCAUAAUUAUAGUUAAAUGGUUAAACAUAUAUCCAAAUAAUGCUGCUCCAAGCAUUAUUGAGACAAUGAUAAAUCAAGUAUUAAAACCAUUUGACAAACCUAACACUCCUAUAUUCCCAAAUGAACCUGAAUUAUAAUUGUAAAUAACAUAAAUCUUAACUCUUAUUGCUAUUAUAUGCAUACCUUGGAUGUUACUUCCUAAACCUUUUAUUUUAGGAUCUAAAAAUAAUAAACAUAAAGUAUCCAUGUCUGAUUCUCAAUAUUAACCAUUGGUUAUGGAAAAGUAAGUCUCAGAUUCAGAUGAAGAUCGUAAUUAAUAGUUUUAAAAUGAUUUAAAAAAUGCUGAUAAUCUUAAAAGCAUUACUGAAUAAUCUCAUGAAGAACAUGAUUCAGGUGAAAUUUGGGUUCAUUAAAUGAUAGAGACUAUUGAAUUUGUAUUAGGAGGAAUUAGUAAUACUGCUUCAUAUCUACGUCUUUGGGCAUUAUCUUUAGCACAUGGAUAAUUAGCAGAAGUAUUCUAUGAUAUGUGUUUGGCUGGUAAAUUAGACACAGGAGGAAUAUUAGGUGGAUUAUUAGCUGGAUAUUUUUAUUUAGUCUUUGCUUUCCUUACUUUUGGAGUUUUGAUGACUAUGGAUGUUAUGGAAUGUUUUUUACAUGCUCUACGUUUACAUUGGUAUUAUAUUCUUUAAUCAAAGGGUUGAGUUUUAGAACAAGUUUUAUAAGGCAGAUGGAUAUUUAUUUGUGGGCUAUUCUUACAAAAAAGUUUUGAAUGAACACCUUAAAUAACCAAAUUUAAAAUGAUAUAGAAUUAAUUCAAGUCACA